UGUGUGAGUUUUAGUCUCAAUCGAGCUCUUCGACUGUCGACAGCAGUGGUGGAAGCUCCAUCGAGGUUCUUUCUUGUGAUCAAAUACAAACUAUACAUAUAUCCCACAAGGUUUUUCACAUUCAAAAAGAAAAUCUCCGCGGUGGGUUUUUCUUGGGGAUUUUCGUGCAUGGACAGUGUGGUCUAGGAAUUAAUCAUUUAUGCUGUGAAUUUUAUGUGGAAAGUGAACAUUUUCUUCGCAACAUGGAUUUGUAAUUAAUAUGCACUAAAAAAAAAAGAAUUGCGUGUCAUUUAAAGAAAAAAAUUAAAGUGAAAAUUGUGUUGAGGAAAGAAGAAAUCUCUCAGGAGAGCUUGCGUGUACUUGAGGACGCGCGGGGGAGGGCAAAAAAAGAAAAGGGAUUACGAAGAAGGAAAUUCUAAGGCAGAAAUGAAUGGACGAGUGAUCCACGGGAUACGCUGGUGGAUCACAUGGAGGAGAGAAAUCAUCAUGAAGGGGUGUGCUGCCCAGUUGGGACAUCAGUGAAUUUCUGUCCAGCUGUUCAUUCCUUGGACACAGUCCGGGCACUCCAUCAAACAGUUGUAUCCCUCCGGACGGCGCUUGACGACGCUCGGCGGGAAAUUGAUAAGCUCAAGAGGCAAAUUCACGUGCAAACAGACAUUGAGCAGGGGAAGAUUUAUCGAACUAAUCAACCACAGGAUACAACACCUCAGACUUCGGCGAGGGUACAAAAGGAUGAAGAAGUGAAGAGUGAGAAGAGUGUGAGGAUUACAAAAUGCACAAAGGAUAAUGAGAAGACACCACGGGUGACAAUUGAUCCUGUUGUGAGUGUCACAGCAGAGCCAUCCGGAGGAGACAUCCACGAGGGCAAAAUCAGAGGGAUGGCUUCGAAGAUUGAUGUGAAGAUAAAGGUAUCGUCGAAUAUUCACGUCGACAGCAGUAGUAGUUCUGAACAAAAUACCCACCGAAGUUCCCAGGAAGAACAGGAGCCGCCAUGUCAGGAAGAUGUGGAGCAAAAAGACGAUCCAGGAGCAAGUAAGCCGCCAGAGGAGUCUCAGGGGAAGACUGAAACAUUUAAAACUGAAGGAAAAUCCCUAAAAAUUCACGUAACAUCUGAAGAAAAUCUCACCCUUGUCAAGACAGGGGAUGAAAUCAACAUAACACAGAAUUCUAAUGAAAAUCUCCACCUGGACAUUGAUGAUAAUUCCAUGUCUGAUGGGGAUAAUUCAGUUUUCACCGAAGGCGCCAUCACGCCUGCAGAAAAUCCCGCAGCAGCAGAUGAAGCUGCUGGGGAGGACAAAGCUCAGGCAGAAGAUGACAAGGAGGAGACUGAGAAGAAGGAUCAAGAGGAAGUUGAUGAUAUUGAAUUAAUUUUCUCCUCAGACGACAAUAAGGAUCUCAUGCAGGAAGAUCUUGUCUCCAUAUCGGACUAUGAACCGUGGCAGGCACCAGGUUCAUCGGGAACCCCAGUUCUUGUUAACUACUGUUCCCUUCCAAGUGAGGAAAAUCCCCCCGAGGAGCCAUGUGAAGGAAUUACAAGGAGAGAAAUUAAAUCCUGUUCAAGUGUUAUUGAGAAGCAGACACGCUUCCAGCAGGACAGUACCGAAAGCACGGAGACAUUUCAGGAUAAAGUUUUUAAGAGUCUCGAGAGGGAAAUUAAUGAGGAGCCCAAGGAUUCCGAGGAGCUUCGUCGUGAUGAGAGCUUUGACACCUUUGAAAAUUACACGCCCUUUGGUAGAAAGUGGACCAAUACGAAUGUCCUAAUUGAGACAGACAUCUCAAAGUGUGGCAUCACCGAAGAGGGUAUACUCGACAAGGGUCGAAGGAAUACAUGUCCAAAUCCACCAGCUUACAGACCAAUGGCCCAUCGGGAAGCUCUUCUGCACUCAAGGUACAGCAGAUGUCCCUUUGGGGUGAAAUUCUCACGCUCAGCCGCAAGAAGUCAGUAUGGAAAUCAAUAUAGGACACCAAUAAAACCCACACUGGUGGAAGCAUCAACCACACCAGGUGGUCCCAAGAGGAGUAGUUCAGCCCAAACGGAUAUUUCUGCCCUCCCCGAGCAUUGGCAAUCGGAAACUCAUCUUGCGGGUGGACUAACCGAAGGGCUCUACACCCUCCCAUCGCGCUUCACCCCACGCACCGGAAUUUCCAGCGGUCGAUGUCCCCUGAGACCAUCUGAGAAGACUCAGGAAGCCCGCAGAGUUCUCUUAAGCGACAUCCAUUUCACAAGUAUGGUACCUGAACUUUCCCGCUCAGCCGAUCACCUCUGUCACGAAGGUGAGGGUAAGGAUGCUAGAAAGGAAGGCUCCAACCAGGGAGGAACUACAGAAACUGGGAAUGUCUCACCAAAUUACCAUCGUGGACCAUUCCUACGUACUCCUGACUAUGCUACACGAGGAAUUACUCCAAGUACAAGCAUAAAUUCAGCUGGAGCUUCCCAAUGGACAGUCAAUGAGACGAGCUUUGGUACUCAGACACCAAUUACGGGAACGUUUUGGGGUACAACGCGCGGGGAUUCCUUCGACUCAACGCGCAGCUGCUCUGGUUCUAAGUACUUCAGCACAAUGAGUAGGCAUCAUCGUUCCCGGAGUGUACCAUCGGUGCGCUGUGCUAUCUGCCGGCAGACGAGGCUUGCACCAUCUGCGCACCUUCGUCCGUCUGAGAGUAUGCACUACACACCGCGUGUAGCCAUUGCAGAGCCCUGCCGUGGGGUUCAGGGAUCACUUCCUGAUCUUCGGCAUGAGUGCCUCUGUCCAGCACGUCGCUACCAUGCGCAUUCCUUUGCAAGGAGCCACGGCGACAGCAGUGGCUCCACCGAUAGUCUCCUCGAUGAAGCGGAGGAUUUCCUACGACGUUCCGUGGAUGGAGUUUUUCGGCAUGAAACUGCUCAUGUCCUUCCGGAAAAGUCAGUGAAUAGAAGGUGCUCAGAAAAUGAUAUUCCUAGAGACUUUGUCCCAUCGAAACAGUCACUGCCUUUUCUUCCGCGAACACCAAAAUGUCUCAAACCUGGACACCUGGCAAAAGUCAUCAUAAAGAAUGGUCGGGUAGUGAUAGGUAGGAUUCGCUAUGUUGGACCUGUAGCUUCCAUGGAAACCACUGGAGAUCCCUUUGAGGAUAACACAUUUGUGGGUCUUGAAUUGGCCACAACCUAUGGUGAUUGCGAUGGCACGCUCGAUGGCAAGAAGUUUUUCGAUUGUGAACCUCUUCAUGGGAUUUUUGUGCCCUUCAAGAAGGUUGUAAUGGCGUGGUCGGUUUAGAUAAAAAAAAGAACUAUACCUAAAUUAUCCCCUGAUAUGCCAAAAAAAAUCAUCGUGAAAACUUCUUAGACACCUUGUGGCAAAUAUCAGUAUUAGGUCCACCCUGAGAAUAUUGCUCUUCAGCACAAUUUUUACGUUUUUUGUGAUAUUUUCUUUUAUUUACUUUCCAAGAGAAAACUUGCUCAACUUUUUUUUAGUUAAUUUUCUAUUAAAGAUUUUUUAUUUAUGAAAAUAAAAUAAUAUAAAUCUAAAAAACAACUAAAAGUUAAACUAAAGGCACUUCUUGUAGGGAAUAAAAUCGAGCUUUAAAUGGCAUUUUGUGUCCCAUGAAAAAAAGAUAACAUAUUUUAAUGAGAAAGACAAAAAAAAACGGCUAUAUGUAGAUGUUGCUUUUAACAAAAUGUUCCAUAGAAAAAAACCUAAAAACAAAACCCUAAAAAUGUUGCAAUUAAAACUCGAAAAUAAUAUAUUAUUCAUAUUUUUAUUGUCAUAUACUUUGAAGAAAAAAUAAUAAUUAAUUUUUUUUAAUACUAUCCUCCAUUUAAAUUUUUACUAAAUUUAAUUUCUUCGCACAUUGAAGGUUGUUUUCCAAAAGAAAAUUUUUAAAGAAAAUUCUUUGACUGACCUACCAAAAAUUAUAAAUAAGAUUAAGGAUAAAAAAAACUUGUUGUAAAACUGUGUAAAAGUGAUACUACAUGAAAAAUAUACUCUCUUAGUGCUUUCUGAUCAUAUCUAGAGACAAAACAAGAAACCCACUGAAUUUAUUUUUUUAUUGUAAAAGUUCUUAAGAAGAGCUUUAAAUUUUUAACGAAUUUUAAUUCAAAUUUUUCUCAUUGAUCUCGAAAGUUUUCUUUAUUUUUCCAUUUCUGUACCUAAAAUUAUUUUUAUUUUAUAAAAUUAAAAUUAAAAAAGUGAUGAAUGACAAAAAACUAAAUUAUCCAUUUACUUUUUUCUACACUAAAAGAUCUGCUAAAGAAAACUAUUUCUUUGUUUUAACAAAUAUAUAAUUAAAAAAAAUUGAACAGCAAUAAGUUCUCAGUAUCUUCUCUAUUUCCUCCCACACCCCUUUCCAUUUUUAAAACAAUAAAAUACAUUAAAUUAUAUAUAUCAUAUCCUAUCUCAACAAUUUUAAUGGGAACUGAUUAAAUAUAAAAUUAUUAGUUUAAGUCAGUGUAUAUGAAAAAGAAUGUAGAAAGUAACUAAUAAAAUUUGUGUGAAAAAAACUUAAAUGUGUAAAUAAAAUAAAUUCAAUGUAAUCAGAAUGAAGAAAAUUGAAAGGAAAAAAAUCCUCUGAUGAUGUAGAGAAAAGAAUAAAAGAAUAAAAAAAGAAAUAAA